AUGUAUCAUAAUCGACGUAUACGAUCUCGUUUAAUUGUUCUUUCAUUUAGUGUAGAAACAUUUGUACUUGGUAGUAUAGCUACUACUUAUGCUGUUGAAGUGUUUUAUUUAGCUAAACAACAAAUUUUUCUUAUAAAUCAAGGUUAUUCAUACAAAGUCAUAGCAGAAUUAGUUAAUAAACAAGAUAAUCUAUUCUUUCAAACACGAAAAGAUCAAUGA